AUCACGUUCCCUCCGACGUGUAUCGAGGCCAGCUCGAUGGGUCCUCUACUGCUGCCUUCCAUUAAGUUAUCAAAUCCCAAACAGCCCUACAUUGACUCUCAGCUAAUCGGAUCUCAGUGGCAACUGUGGCUGGGAUCUUCAACUUCCGCCCUCUCCGCUCCGAUAGUGAUCGCUACAGCCUUUUCAAAUACUUCCAAAGUUAUCAGCGCCAAAAUAUUGUGA